AUGAUCUGCAUUCAGUGCGUGCAAGAAGAGGACUCCUGCUUGUGCUCGUUCUUCGACUUUCGAGCUGCUGCUGGAGAACACGAGGACGAGUCAACACCUCCGGGCGAUCAGCUUCUUUUGCAAGAUGUCCUAUUCUCGCCUGCAAUAAGCCAUGCUCGAGAUACUGUAUCUCAAAGCUUCCUGAUCCACGACGUGCAGAAAGAUAUGUUGGACAUGGUCGCAUCACCAGACUCGACGGUUCAGCAAGAGGGCACUCCGAUUUAG